AAUCACAAAAAAAAAACAAUAAUAAUUACACUAAAAUGCUUGAGCACAGUGAGGUCUCUGUAAAAUGGCUAAACAAGAACGUGGUUUUGUGUAUAGGUGCACUGCUUAUUUUGGCACAUAACCACAAUGCCAAUGUAGUUGCUUUAUCUGCGGUGGGAACGCAGUCCAACAACAACGUCAGCUUCCUUUACUAUAACGUGCUGCCAAUUUCUGGAAGUAGUGGCAUCAACUCAAGCGCGCAUAAAGAGGAAUUGCAGCUAAAUUUGCGUAAUCGGCUGCCAAUCAUCAUGCCCAUAAAUGAGAAAGUAAAUCUCACCGCCAUCACAUGGGCACAUGCGGUGAACAGCCAAAAAGAGCUGAACGAAGCGCUCGAAAGCGACAUAAAUAUGAUUGAGGCAGACAUUGUGCUUGGCAAGCUUAAUAACACUGGCGAUGAUUUGCCGGUGAUGGCUCAUCCGCCAGCUAAUUCCUCGGAUCUGUCUUUAAUGGAAUUCUUGUUGCGUAUUUUGGAGCAUAAUGAAGAGAACAUCGAGGCAGCGAAGGGUGUGAAAUUAGAUUUCAAGUCCAUUGAGGUCUUUGAGGGCUCAUUGGAAAUUUUGAGUGAACUGAUACCAUUGAUGUCCUAUCCCAUUUGGCUUAAUGCCGACAUCAUCAGUGGGCCUGUCAAUCAGUCCGAUACGGUGCCUGUGGAUCCAGAACGUUUCUUCGCUGGUGCAGCAAAAUUCGAAACGGCCGUACUUUCGAUUGGUUGGACAACGCUCUGGGGCGCCAAUUAUACAGAGGGCGCGUAUACAGAGCAGGAAAUCGAAGAAAUGUUGGUUGCCAUUAAAAACAACAAUGUCACCGCCAAGCAGCAUCCCAUCACGUUCCCUGUGCGCGCUGGUAUUGCGGCAAAUAGUAUGGACCAGUUGCAUAGUCUUGUAGCCGCAGUAAACGAGACAAAUGAAAGCUCCAUCACUAUUUGGUCAUCGGAUAAUGAUUUUGUUGAUGUGGAGAAAUUACGUAAAUUAAUUUUCUCAUUCGGCUUCGAUCGCGUCUAUUUGGAUGUACCCGAUGCAUUGGCCGGUCAGUUGGAUUUGGGACGUGCGGACACCGGCAGAGCCCCGGCAAGGCUACCAUCUUUGUUCAGUUUUAGUGUAGUCAGCGCAUGUUUGGUUUUAGCCAGCAUGUGGUUAAAUCGCAUUAGAUUAUAAUUUUGUUUGUCGCAUCAAUGACUUAUUGAUUUUCUGGAGAGAAGAAAUAUGAUAUUGAGGAAUAUAAGUAAUAUAUUUUGAUAUUCACGAAAUGCAGAAAAUUCAUAUUAACAAAUAUGCAAGCAUAAAUAUACAUAUAUGUUAAAAAAAUGGCAAGCCUUAGUUAAAUUUUAAAUUUCUACUUUAUUGUGAUCACGUUCGCCGUUUCGUAUGAAAACAGCGCAAAAGCUGUAUAAAGAUGAUUUUCAUGAAAGUUUGCUCUCUGAGAGAUAUGUGGUUUGCUUUAUGAAGAACGUGAUAAAUACUGCACAAGUCUCAGCAAACUGUAUAAAAUAGUCUUAUUUUUAAAUAAAAUUCAUAUUAAUUGUG